CGGUUUUCAGUCGGCGGUACGGUCAUCUACGUCGCGACAUGCCCGCAACAGCAAAGUUAAUAGUAAUUGCUCAUUAAAAAUAGCCCGUGGGCGUCAGCUCGUUUCGAUAGGAAAAAUUCUUCUCGCUGCGACGACGGUAAUUUUCGCUUCAGUACAAAAUGCGGUUCGCUGUUCACUUGGUGCUCGGUGCGGUUUUUCUUAGUUUAUUGUCGUCGGGUUGGUGCGACCCCAAGGCGGCGAUUUAUGUGGACAAUGGCCGUGGACAAACUGCCAUCGACAGGAUGAUGACCAAAGACGAGAAACGCGAGAUGGAGUUGGAAAUUUUGAAUUUGUUAGGUCUACCAAACAGACCAAGAAAAAUCAACAAGGCCACAGUGAAAAAGUCAGCUCCGAAAUUCCUAUUGGACAUCUACAAAUCGUUAUUGGAAGAAGACGACGAGGGUUUCAGAAGGGUCAAAAGAGAAACCGACGAUUUGAAUAUAAGCGGAGAAGAACAACAGAAAAUCGAUCAGAGCGAUGUGAUUAUGACAUUUGAAAGCAUAAAUCAUCAUGUAGAUAGCGUGAGACACGAGAGAGGCAAAAGACUAUGGUUCGACGUUUCUGAACUGCCGGUGGCCGAAGAUAUUGUAGGGGCCGAGCUGAGGAUAUUCCAGAAUCAAUCUUUGUCCAGACAUAAAGAUAGGAAUUACACUGUUACAGCUUACCAACUUAUUAAUAGCGAAGAAGGGGAAAGCGAAUUGGAAUAUAUGUCAGAAGUGGAGACGACCGCUGACGCAAAUGGUUGGUUGGGUAUAAACGUAACAAAAUGUUUGGCUACUUGGGUGGCUUUCCCGGAAUCGAAUAAAGGCAUCUACAUGUCUGUCCGUUCUACUGAUAAAUCUCAUGAAAUUCGACCAGAAGACAUUGGCCUAGUGACAGUAAGAGGCGACGAGGCUACACAUCCAUUUAUGGUGGCAUUUUUGAAAGCUUCCACCUCGGUCAAACCGAGAACUACCAGAGAAGUUAAAAGUCGAGUCAGGAAGUCGGAUAUUGGGAGUGUUUUUAGUAAAGGAUACGAACCAGAAGGAAGAAGUACAUGCCAAAUCAACACCCUGUAUAUCAGCUUCAAAGAUUUAAAGUGGCAGGACUGGAUUAUCGCUCCAGAAGGCUACGCGGCCUAUUUCUGUCACGGCGAGUGCAAUUUUCCAUUGAACGCCCACAUGAACGCCUCGAAUCACGCCAUUGUGCAAACACUGGUGCAUUUGAUGAACCCGACGAAAUUUCCGAAAUCCUGUUGCGCUCCCACCAAGCUGUCGCCGAUUUCCGUUUUGUAUUUUUUGGACGACCACAACGUCGUGCUGAAGAAGUAUAAGCAGAUGGUUGUUAAGACGUGCGGGUGCAGCUGAGUUUGUGAUUUUUCGACUGAAUGGUUUAUUUACUAUAAGGGUAGAUAUUUUAUGGAAUCAGUGAUACAGAACUAUGACACGAGUAUCUCAAGAUAAUAAUGCUUUUUGUGAAUAUUUAAUGCAUUUUUUCUUGUAUUUAUUCUAAAGUUAUUAGGUGUCUAUAUACCCACUUCUCUAUUAAGAGAAAAUAUGUUAGUUGAGUAUUUACAAAUCACUACUUUUGUAGAUUUUAUAUUAAAUCGACUGAAAGUAUGUAGUGGGUGUUUUUUAUCUUUGAUAUUAUUUUAAUCACCUGUACAUAAACAAUGCACGUACAUACAGGUGAUUGAGUGAUCAAAAUGAUAUCACAGAUAAAAAAAACACCAGGAUAUGAAUUAUUUGGAGUUUAAUUCUCUAGAAGCCAUGAACAAAAUUUUGAUAGGUACUGAAUAAGUGUACAUACAAUUCAAU